UUGGCUUAAAAAACACAUUAUUUAGUAAAGUUUAUGUAGUUUAUAUCGUUUUCCGUAUUCUCAAAUUUAAGCAAUACAUGCUUGUGAUAUUCUUAUAAUAUAUUUGUUCUGUUAAAACUAUGAAUCACUGAAAUGGAUGUUUUACGUACAAAUAUUUUAACAAUAGACGGACGUCAAUAUAGACUCAAUACAGCAGAUAUUGUUUCAUCUGAAUUAGUUGAAACCCAGAACAAUUAUCAUCGUGAUCUGUCACCUUACAUAGAAGCAGAUGAUUAUGAUGAAGAUAAUGAUGAUGCCAAUAUAUACAACGAUGGCGAUAAUUAUAUAUCAAAAUUAGAAAUUCCUAAUACAUUUUAUGGAUUGAUUAUUGGCAAAAAUAGAGAAACUCUUAAAAGUAUUGAGAGUCAAACAUGUGCAAGAAUUAAAAUUCCAAAACAAAAUGAAAUUAUUAUAAUACAAGGGAAAGAAAGAUCUCAUGUUAUAGCUGCUAAAUCUAGAAUUGAAUCUAUUGUAAAAAGAGGAAGAUCUAGACAAAGUAUAACUCAUUUCAUAUCAUUUCCUAUGCUGAAUGAAGCUGUUGUUAAAAAUUAUUUAACAUUUAAGGAAAAAGUUCUUGAAAAUUGUCAAAAUUGUCGUGGAGUAUCAGAGUCAUUGUUUAAUGAAGAAUUAAAGCUUCAUUUAACAAUUACUUGUUUUAUUCUUUGUAAUCGUUCAGAAAUAAAUAAAACUGUUUUACUAACAAAGGAGUUGGAGAAAUCUAUUCUAAGACCCAAGAACCUAAACACUUUAGAUAUUUCAAUUCAAGGACUUGAUUACAUGAAUGAUGAUCCAUCUGAUGUCAACAUCUUGUAUGCAAAAGUUCAUAAUCCUGAGUUACAAUCUUUAGCUAAUGAAAUACAAUCAUUCUUUUCAAAAUCUGAUUUAGCUCAAAAACCCAGGAAUGAUAAUGUAAAACUUCAUGUUACCUUAAUGAAGACCAAUUUUGAUGAAAAUACCUCAAAAAACAAUUACAAAAAUAAAACAAGGUCUACUUUUGAUGCAACACAAAUUGUUCAAAUAUUUGGUGACUUUAAUUUUGGAACUGUACAUCUUAAACAACUUCAUCUAUCACAGAGAUAUACAACAGAUUCAAAUGGAUACUACAAGUUUUCUUAUAUUGCAACUCUUUAAAAUGUGCUAAUAAUUUAAAAAAUUUGUAUAAUACAAAAUAAAUAAAUCCUAAAAAUAUAUAUUGCAUAGUAAAAUUAUCGUUCA